AUGCCGCGCCUCCCAGAUCUGCCGCCGCCGUACCCGACGCCGCCCAAGUCCGCCGCCACCUCGCUGGACGUCACCGGACGCCGCCCAAAUCCGCCGCCACCUCGCCGGACGUCGUCCCCACCACGCCAGACGCUGCCCAAAUCAGCCGCCACCUCGCCGGACGUCGCCGCCGUCUCCUCAGGCCCCGCCGUCGCUGGCCUAGAUCACGAUCCAAUCGGGAUCAGGACGGGCUCCAGCGACAGGUGGUGGAAGCAGCGGGAUCCCAACAGCGGCUGGAUCAGAUCCGAUCGGGAGGGCAGAAGGCGGCGCGACCUGGAAGAGAAAGGGGUCGAGGCAGGUGGAGUCGGCCUCCAGAUCGAGGCAGCGGCGAGGGCGAGAUAUCCAGCAGCCAGUCGGAUCGGGAGAGGAACAAGAGCCAGCGGCCAGGGAGAAAACCGGAUCGAGGACGGGAACGAGACUCAGCGGCGCGAGGCAGAGCCGAGUCGGGAGCGAGAUCCAGCGGCGUUGGACAGGCGGCGGUGGGGUGGGGCGGGCUGGAGACGCGGCUGCAGCACGAGCACGACGCGGGAGGAAGCGUCGGCGAGAGAGGCUGCAGCGAGAGCGUCGGGAAGGAGGAAAAAGCAUGAGUUGCGCCAUCCUCUGACCACAAAAUAUGUUUGCUCAUUCUGUCCACUGAUUGUCAACAGGGAGAACGGAAGUAUUCAUACUCCUGCCGCCAUGGAUAUAAUGGAUACUAGUGGGGUCACUAGUGGCAUCAAGGAGUUUGUCAAUCUUUUUCAGUGGGCUAGAUAUGCCAUUUCAUUCAAAUGGAGAGGCACUCAGGAGCAAAGGUUUCAACAUGAUCUAUUUCAGUUGCAGAGUGGCUUGGAACGCCUCAGUGAUACUCUUCCUGCAAUGUAUAACCUCAUUGAUCUAGCAGAGUGGAGAAGCCACAAAGAUGGUGUGGCCAAGCUCCUUCCAAAUCUCAAGGAUGCAGUCUAUGAUGCUGAAGACCUUCUUGAUGAGCUCAAAUGGUACAACCAUAAGGUGAUAGUGGAGGGUAAUGCAAGACAAUCAUCUAUUAUUGAGUUUUUUAAUAGCUUCAUCAAAGUGAAUGAUAUCCGUGAAAGGCUGGAUAAUAUUUCCAAUUUGCUACAGAAAAUGGGGUUGGGUGAAGUGACACCACGGUUUGACAAAACAGUCAGACCAGAGACUAGCUCAUUCCCCAAUGAAACAAAAAUAUUUGGUCGUGACAUGGAGCUAAAGCAGAUAUUGGGAAUGCUCGAUGUGCCUACACAUAGUAGCACUCAUUUGAAACGCAAGAGGGAAACUAGUGCAGAUGAACCAAGACUACCAGAUCUUCCAGUUUUACCGAUAGUUGGAAUGGGAGGUGUUGGAAAAACCACUUUGGCCCAGCAUAUCUGUAGUCAUCCACAAGUGAAGUUGCACUUCAACACAAUAAUUUGGAUUUGCGUUUCAGAUGAUUUUGAUGUGAAGAGGUUAACUAAAGAGGCUAUAGAAUCCUGUCCUAGUGAACAUGCAACAAGUGACAAUCUGAAUUCUCUUCAACUUGCUCUUUCUAAGAGUUUGAAGAAUGAAAAGUUCUUGAUUGUCCUUGAUGAUAUGUGGGAUGAUGCUCUAGUGGAAAAUGGCCAGUGCUGGAAGAGGUUUUGUGCUCCUUUGAAAAAUGUGCUACAAGGAAGUAUGAUGUUGGUCACCACCAGGUCUCCAAAGGUUGCUGAUUUAGUGCGCACUAAGGAGCCAAUUAUAUUGGAAGGUUUAAAGAAUGAUGUCUUUUGGAAUUUCUUCAAACUAUGCGUGUUUGGGUCUGAGAGUUCUGAUUGUUUCCCAGAGUUAGAGCUCAUUGGUAGACACAUACUUUGUAAGUUGAAAGGCUCUCCUUUAGCUGCUAAAACUCUUGGACGCAUAUUACGGGAUGAUCUUCGUAAAUCACACUGGAAUAGUAUACUAGAGAAUGAAUUGUGGGAGUUGGACCAAGAGACAACUGAAAUUUUGCCAGCCCUUCGGUCGAGCUACAUGUAUUUACCGUUCCACUUGAAGAGAUGCUUCUCAUUUUGUGCUGUGUACCCCAAAGAUAAGGAGUUUGAAAAGAGUCAUUUAGCUGAAAUUUGGGCAGCCGAAGGCUUUGUGAAACGUCAAGGUGUUAUUCCAGUUCAAGAUAUUGGCUGUCGAUACUUUGAUGAACUUCUGAAUCGGUCUUUCUUUCAAGAAGUUCAAGGUAAAUACUUAAUCCAUGACUUGUUGCAUGAUAUGGCACAGAAAGUUUCAGAGGAUGACUGUUUCAUCGUGACAAAAAAAAAUGACUUCAAAAGAAUUCCUCAGAAUGUUCGCCAUCUGUCAGUAUUCUGUAGCACAGGCAUUAACAAUUCCAGCUUGUUGAGCCUAGGACAGUACAAAAAGCUCCGUACCCUUCUUUGCAACAAGGGUUUAGCGAAUAAAAAAAACCCAGCUAGUUUGAUGGAAGAUUGGUGCACUGAAUUUCCGCGUAUGCGUGUGAUGGUUUGUGCCUCUGCGAAUGAGUUACCAACUAGCAUUGGCAAUUUGAAGCAUCUACGGUACCUUGAGAUACCUGGAGCUUGUUCCAUCACCAGUCUUCCUGUAACGAUCUGUAGGCUCCAUAAUUUACAGGUUUUAUAUGUCAUCAAAUGCAAGCUAGAAAGCUUGCCUAGUGACUUCAGUAUGUUGGUCAACUUAUGGAGAUUCGAAUCGCAGGGAUUUAAAUAUGGUCCAAAUAUGGGAAGAUACGGAGAACAUUUUUAUGGAGUAAAUGUUGAUGCAGACAGUGAUAUGCGAGGACUAGGGUGUAGGCUCAUAAAGAAUAUGAAGCAACUUCGUGGACAUUUGGAGAUAAGUAAUAUCGACAGGUUAAGCAAGGAUCAUGCAGCAGAAGCCGAACUAAAGAAUAAGGAAUAUCUUGACAAGCUGACGCUCCAAUGGCAUCACUCGGUGGUUCACAAAAACGAGAUAAAAGUCCUUCCUUAUCUACAACCUCCUACUGGUGUCAAGUCUCUACUCCUUCACUAUUACCCAGGUGUUUCUCCUCCGAUCUGGUUUCAGCCACAAAGCCUGCCGAGCUUAACAUCCGUUUCAUUUCUUCAUUGUCAACUAGUUGACAUCAAUAUUGGCAGCAUUGGUUUCUCGUCCCUGACAGAUCUAAUCAUUGAUGGAUGCCACCGUUUAUCAAGUCUCGAACAACUUGUACACCCAACUUAUCUACCUGUCAUCAAGAAAAUUGCAAUAAUGAAUUGCCAGUACUUAAUAUCGGUACCUACCGAAAGUUUUGGAGAUUUUCGUUGCCUUGAAAUAUUCAAGUUGGUGGCUUGUGGAAAAAUAAACUCCCAAGGUUUGGUUGCGCCCUCUCUCAAGAAGCUUGUGCUAGGCAAGGAUACAUUCGGUCCGAUAGAUCAGAGUUGUGGGAAUUUCACGCACAAUAUUCAAUGCUGUUCUCUCACCUACCUUUUCUUGUCAUCCAGCCGUCUCACGUCCAUCCAACAACAAAUGUGGAAUCUUCCUGCUCUGCAGGAAUUGCGCAUUUCAUGUUGUCGAUCUCUUACAUCUAUUGGAAAUUCUGGGCAGGUCUUCACCAGCCUUACUUCCCUAACCAUCUACCAGUGUGAAGAACUGUCAACCAUUGAUGGUUUCCUAGAAGAAAAAUAUCUACCUGCUCUUGAGAGUAUUACAUUUGUUUGGUGUAACAAGUUGCUGUCCAUGCACGCUGAAAUGUUUGGCCGUUUUUCUUCUCUGAAGGAUUUAAAUGUUUGUCGGUGCUCUAGAAUCAACUGGGGGGGAUUGGUGCUACCGUUGUCCCUCCAAAGUCUCAACUUAGAAGCAUGUGGGGAUAUCUCUUCAUUUAUUCCCAGCUGCCUAGAAAACCUUCAAUCCCUUGUUUCACUAAAAAUAAGGUCAUGUUCGUAUAUAAAAUCUAUUCCAGGCCACCUUUGGAGGACUACUCUCCCAUCCCUCCAGGAAUUAGAGAUUCGGUAUUGUUGGGACCUUGUGUCCAUUGGUGGAGCAGAUGACAUUUUAGAAAUACAAAAUGUGUGGAUUGAAGACUGUACAAAUUUGAAGGGAAUAGAGCAGCCUGUGAGAAUAGGCAGCUUCUCCAAGAAACAAGAGCCUGUGAAAACAAGCUCAAAUUCUGUCUGGUCUUGAGUGAUUGGUGCAUGGGCUGGUGCUAGCUAGUGCGGCUAAUACCUCUUGGUCGCUGUAAUCUGCUUUUUGGUUGUUGCUUUGUGCUGUACUGCUUUUACUUACAGUCUUGAUCAGCAUGGCGGAUUGAUUGAUGCGCCAGGUUUUUUGUCCCAUAGGUUAUACUUGAGCAGAGUAUAACUAGUGGGUUUUCCUGGCGGAUGUCAAACUCGCAAACCUUUUCUUUGUUUCCAGGUAUUAUUGCGGAGUAGUAUAACCGGUGCUCAGUCGAUUCCUUUGAAAAUUUAGUCAGAAUAUGCAUGUUAUUACUUA